GUGGUGGGGUCGUGCCCACAAUCAGGAAUGAGGGGGAGACCCCUCACUCCGCAGGCCCGGUUGGCACAGGCAGCGCGAACGAGGAAUCAAGCCAAGGCCAGUACCAGUCAAGAGCCUCCAAGGAGGGAAAACGAACCAGGGAGAAGGAAAGAAGCUGUGGAAGUAGAGGACGACGAUGAUGAAGAGGAAGAGGACGAGAGGCUGCGCAGAGAAGAGGAUCAGAGAGCGGAGCAGCGGGCAAGGAAAAAGGGGGCCAGGGGAGAGGCCGAACCGGUCAUACAUGACGGACCGCCCAAAAAGAAGAAAUACGCGGUCCGGUUGGAAGAAGGAUUUGACGUAGAGAAGGUGAUUGACCGGCUGCUGGAAUGGCAUAAUGACCUCAUGACCCUGAAGGAAAUCCUAGCGUCAGCCCCGCGACUCCGCAACGAACUGAAGGGGAGGUUAUCACGGCGCCUGGUACCCAAUGUCCAUCUGGGUACGAUCCUGCCCAAGGAGGCAGAGUGGGUAGAGUCAGGUACGAAGAUGGACUGGAAGUGCGUAGCCUGCGGUACGGUGGAUUUGAUGGUGAAGGGUUCCAAGUGCGCAGCAAUGGUGGACACCGGGGCAGAGAUGAACAUUAUUCGGGAGGCGGACGCGAUCAGAUUUGGGAUGGAUAUAGACCGUUCUGACUGCGGUAUUCUGCAUGGAGCCAACUGUAAGGCCAUGUUUUGCGGGACAGCCUCGAAUGUGCUCGUCGAGUGGAUGAUGGAAUUAGCGCUGGCCAGCUCGCAUAGCCUGGUGGAGGAUAUGAGGACGAUUGAGGAAGGACCUGACCAGGUAGAACGGCAUGAGGACCUGAUGGGAGGAAUGUAUCUCCUCGUCAAUACGUUAUUGCAGGAAAGCCUAGACCAGCCAGGCUCGUUGAACCCGGCAGGGAAUGUGGACGAAAUACCCGAGAGUCAGGACGACGAGUUCGAAGAAGGGGAAAUUAAGGAAGUUUUUCGUGCAGAGGAGUACGGCGGGAUCUACCUAGAGCUGGGGCUUCUUCUGUCAUGUGAAAUAGGGCUAAGGGAUGCGAGCGAUAGGGGUCAAAGGAUGCUGCAACGCUAUUUAGUGCGAGACGGUCACCUUUUCGUGAGAAGGGAAGUGGGGAAUCCCAGGAGAGUCGUCUGCGGUAGGAAUCGUCAGAUCGACGUCGUAGCAGCACUUCACGAUGAUAUUGCAGGAGGACAUCGAGGGGUAAAAGCCACGUAUGCCAAGAUAAGUGAGCUGUACUAUUGGGAUGGGAUGAUGGAUAUGGUCGGAAAGUUCUGCCGAUCUUGCGUACCUUGCCAGGAAAGAUCUCGUUUAGGGCAAGGAGAGCCGCUGCAUCCCAGGCUAGAGCGAGAGGUGGAGGCUGUAAUGCAUCUCGAUCUACUUUUUAUGCCACUUGGGGAUCAAGGCUAUAACUAUAUCUUCAAUGCGCGUGAUAACCUGUCUGGAUUCGUAGACGGGCGUGCCGUUCGCACAAAGACCGGGUCAGCCCUGGUGAGCUGCAUCGAGGAAUACUAUCUGCGUUAUCCUUUCGUCAGGGAAUUCGUAAUGGAUAGGGGAUCAGAGUUUACCUUCCAGGAGGUGCAAGAACUGUUAUCAAGGUCCGACUUUACGAAGACAGCCAUGCCAAGAGGAGGGAAGGGGACACGGCCGCCUCAGAGGCCGUUGGGCGCAUCAGGAGGAUAUGAGCGGCAUGGGCCUCGCCAUCGAGAGAGUACUCCAGUCUACAAUGAUGGGGACAUCGAGCUAUUCCUGGACAGGAAGAAGAUGAAGGAAGCAAGCCAUGAAGUACGCCUGAAGGCUAUGGAGAUGGAAAUUAAGGAACUCAAGACCUUGGUGGCCAGCCAGACAGCAAUCAUCGAGAGCCUGAGGCAGCAAACCCAAGGAAGGGUGGACAGGCCAGAGAGCAGCAGGCAGGGAGAGCAGAGGCAGCCAGGACAGGGAUUGCCAGGACAGCCAUCUGCAGCAGAGCCUCGCCAGGAGCCACCUAUUGGGAGAGUUAUCAUGGAGUCAAAGGAGGCGAGAGCCCAGAGACAGGCAGAGAGAGAGGCGUUCGAGUUUAGAGCCCCUACUGAGCUCGCGACGCUGCCAGUGGCGGCGGCAGGCCCAGUCGUACCUUUGGCAGUAGAGGAGGGGAUGCCACCAUCUAGCAGUGAGCCGGCUCAGGGCUCGGCAGAGGGAUCCAUGAGCGUGCUCCUUGAGGCGGUGCAUACUAUGCAGGAGGAGGUGAGUUUGUUUUCACAUGAGCAGAGGAUAGAGGAGUCUCUUGAGAGAGAGAUAGGGAUUGAGGCAGAAAGUACCAUCGAGAGCAGACUCCAGAGGAUAGGCACACCUGAGUAUGGACCAGAGGAGAUUGAGGAGCAGCCCACGGCAGUGCCAGAGGCGACACUCGAGAGGAGGCCUCAGAGGUUGGACACGCCCGAGUACGUCCCAGCGACAGAGGAUUUGAGAGGCAGACUAGGAUCUUGGGCUACUGGAUCAGGGACUGGUGGACUGGUGCCGGGGACAGAGCAGCAGAAAAUCGUUAGUACCGCAGCUCCUCGAUCAGAGCAGCAAGGGGGUGUCGGUACCUUGGUGGGAUCUCCUUCAUCACCACCUCGACAGCCCAGGAAGAAGAAAUUCAAGAGGAAGAUUGAUCAGCUAUGCUUCUACUGCAAAAGGGGCGUGCAUCUGGCUCUGGACUGUCUCGAGUUCCUUGAGGAUAAGGCAGUAGGGAAGGUCUCAGAGGCAAGGGGUAAAAUGUAUGAUAGACAGGGCAAGAUAGUAGAGAAAUCUGCAGAUGGACCUAGGGCUCAGUUAUAUAGGCAAAACCAAGAGGAGUUGAGGAGAUAGUGUCGGUUUUGUCUAUAUAAGUGAGCGAGCAUUUUGUGAGGCAUCAACUUAGGUUCUGUGUGAUACCCUCUUAGACUUAGAAGACAUUUUGAUGA